AGCAUCAUUCAUUCCAUCAGUUGCUUCUGAAAGCGUUUGCAUUUGCACUCCUUGCAAGAUUUGAAGCGUUUGCAGCAACAAGGGAAUGGCGUGCGAGGGAAUUCUUUUGGGGAUGGGAAAUCCACUCCUCGAUAUUUCUGCUGUCGUCGACAAUGAUUUCUUGAACAAGUACGAUGUCAAGUUGAACAAUGCAAUUCUUGCCGAUGAAAAACACUUGCCUAUGUAUGAAGAAAUGACAUCUAAGUAUACUGUUGAGUAUAUUGCUGGAGGUGCAACUCAAAAUUCAAUCAGAGUUGCUCAGUGGAUGCUUCAAAAACCGGGUGCCACCAGUUACAUGGGUUGCAUUGGAAAGGACAAGUUCGGGGAGGAAAUGAAGAAACAUGCAAAAGAAGCUGGUGUUAAUGUUCACUAUUACGAGCAUGAGACUACACCAACCGGUACUUGUGCUGUUUGUGUGCUCGAUGGUGAAAGGUCACUCAUUGCCAACUUGUCGGCUGCAAAUUGCUACAAGUCUGAACAUUUGAGAAAAGCAGAAAAUUGGGCGUUGGUUGAGAAGGCCAAGUACAUCUACAUUGCUGGAUUUUUCCUCACUGUUUCCCCAGAAUCCAUUCAGCUUGUUGCUGAGCAUGCAGCUGCCAACAACAAGGUGUUCACGAUGAACCUUUCCGCUCCAUUCAUUUGUGAGUUUUUCAGGGAAGUCCAAGAGAAGGCUUUGCCGUAUGCGGACUACAUCUUUGGAAAUGAGACAGAAGCAAGAACCUUCUCAAAAGUUCAUGGUUGGGAGACCGAUAAUGUUGAAGAAAUAGCUUUGAAAAUCUCCCAAUGGCCUAAGGCAUCGGGAACACACAAGAGAAUCACUGUUAUUACUCAGGGCGCCGAUCCUGUUGUUGUAGCUGAGGACGGGAAAGUACAGUUGUAUCCUGUGAUAAAGUUGCCGAAAGAGAAACUUGUUGACACUAAUGGUGCAGGUGAUGCAUUUGUCGGGGGAUUCCUCUCGCAGUUGGUCCAGGAAAAACCGAUUGCAGAGUGCGUUAGAGCAGGUUGCUAUGGAGCAAACGUGAUCAUCCAGAGGCCUGGCUGCACAUACCCCGAGAAGCCAGACUUCCAGUAAGGCAUUCACUCCGCCAUCCCGGCUGGCUUUCCUUAAUUGUUUGGGAAGAUGAUGAUUCUUUGUGCUACUUCUGCACUUCCAUUGAGACUAAUAUUAUAGAUUGCAAGGGAUUUUCAUUGCUCCUGCUCUGCUGUUUUUCUUAUUUUCUUCCAAACAAACAAUCCACCGUUCAAUAAGCUAGUGGAAUGUAUGCUUAAUGUUCAAUGGUGAUGGUCAUAUAUUUUGGAUUUACAUUUAUUUUGGCCCACCUACUCCAUUAUUUUCUACAUUGACGACUUUUACACCUAA